CCAAAACCUCAGUGCAAUUAUCGUCUCAGUGACAGACCAACUAGAGUAAUUUGGUCCAAAUAUUCUCGAAGCAGUAUUGACUAAUGACGUGCACCCAUACGUCAGUGUCAAUGUUGAUAAUGAUAAGGGAAUGGGUCGAACCGAACGCAAGGUAUCAAUUGGUUCAUUGGCUGUAGUUAGAUUGGCUUUUCAGUCUGUGACCCGGUGGCAAAAAAAAAAAAGUCGACUGGGCAUGAUGGCAUAUUUGAAUCCGAAAUUGAGAAGGCCAUCGUUAUUAGAGUAGUUUGAAAAUAAAAUAAAUGAAAGAUCAGCACACAUUUGCCUCUUCUUUUGUUUAUUUAUUUAUUUUGUUCUCCGACUAAUCUUCUUUACUAUCACAGCCUGUUAUGACGAACUCUGAGAGUUGGCCAGUUGUGCUCCAGGAACACGGAGUGGGGGGAGUCGGGGAGAUCUGAGCAAGCCGUUCCUUUCCUCGCUUCCUUGUCUUCUAUCCCGAAGAGGCAAACGAAAUCCAUGGUCACCUCAGAAAUGUGAUGAAGUUCUUUUCCAACAUGAAAUAUACAAACUUCAUCCAGUAAGAAAUUUCCAUCCCAAGUCGAAGUCAUGGCUUCAAGAACAAGUAUUGGUGAUCCAUGGAGAUAUCAGCAGUUCUCUGCUCUACUAACUUCAGUCGUCCAAGAAUGGGUUUUGAUGCUUCUGCUGCUGCUGGAGGGUCUGCUCUCCUAUCUGGUGACAACAUUUGCACAACUAUGCAAGCUGCAACCCCCAUGCCCAAUAUGCACGAGGCUGGAUCAUGUCUUAGGCAAGGCGCACCCGGGCUUUUAUCGAGAACUAAUGUGCAGUUCUCACAAGGCAGAAGCAUCAUCAUGGGCAUUUUGCCACAUCCAUCAAAAGCUUGUCGAUGUUCACAGGAUGUGCGAGGCCUGCCUGCUGUCAUUUGCCGCUGACAAGAAAUCAAACCUAGAAACAUACCGGUCCUUGGUGGGGAAACUAGGCGUUGGUGUCGACAAUGUGGGUUGCAAAAACAACUUCACUUUGAGGAAUGGUGCAACUGAAGCACCGGUCAUGGAGGACAUUCUAUGUUCAUGUUGCUCAAGACCAUUGCAAGUUAGGUCACAUCCUUUUGUGGUUCUUCAAAGCAAAUCUAGUGGCAUUGGCAUCGAGAGGAUCUGCAGAGUUGUUUCAAGAGACCAACAGAGUAUUGAUGAGAUCAAUUAUGUUUCAUACAAUGAGCUGAAGACCUCUGACACUGAAUCAGAGCCCUCGCAGCCUGGCGGUAAUGUUGGAAGUUUUCUCAAGGAUGACAAAGAUAAAUUGAAGGAAGGUUUUGUAUUGGACCAUCUACUAGCAAAGAUUGCAGAUGACAGACCCCAAUAUGAUAACUCAGAGGAGAAAUUACCUGAGGAGCCUGGGUUGAUACCAGUCCAGAACGAUGGUUGCGAUAAUCAGCCUUCUGAAAGUUCAGGAGGUUUGCACAACAUCCAAGAUGAUGGCAACACAAACCUUCAGUCAACUGAUAUUUCGAACAAAGACAGGCAUCAAAUUCGUGAAGAUUCUAAUACAAGAGGAGAUAAAUCUGAAGAUGAAGUUUGGCACAAUGCUCUUAGUUCUUCUGAUGAGUUAUCAAUAGCCACUAAAUCUGUUGAAACAGACACCUUGCUAGAUGAAAACAAAGUUGAAUUCACUCAAAGAAAAACAAGGAAUAAUUCUCUUAAAGUCCAUGAAGAUUUGAAGUCACUGUUGUCACAGCUGUCCACUGCGUCUGCAUCCCGUGCAACUGACAGUGAUAGCCCUAUUGUACAGAACAACCACGAACAAGCCAUACUUAACAAUAUCACAAGAGCACUCUCCCUUGACAGGAAUUAUUCUGGUAUCUCUGAGAGCAUGGUAAAUGAAGCUGAAGGAGAGUGCACAAUUGAUCAGCUGAAGCAACAGAUUGAGCUGGACCGCAAAUCGAUAAGCCGUCUUUGGAAGGAGCUGGAGGAAGAAAGAAACGCGUCAGCUGUGGCAGCGAACCAAACGAUGGCCAUGAUCACUAGACUGCAGGAGGAGAAGGCAGCAAUGCAGAUGGAAGCCUUGCAGUACCAGAGGAUGAUGGAAGAGCAAAGCGAGUAUGACCGUGAGGACCUUCAGAAGAUGACCGGAGUCGUUCAAAAUCUUCAGGCUGAGAUCGAAGGCUACAAGAUAAAACUUAAAGAUCAGCUACUCGUCAACGAAAUAUGUGAUCACAUGAGCCUUUCAGAACAAGCUGGUUCUAGCAUCUCCAGGAUUAAAUCACUCGCUUGUUUUGAGGACGAGAAGACAUACAUCUCGAAACGCUUGAGGAAGCUGAGGCAGAAGCUUCAUGAAUUCUCAAACAACAGCAAGCAUGUUCCAGUGCAAAAGCUCAGUGAUGACAAAGAAGAUCCAGUUGACGACAGAAACAGUGAUGAUGGUUACGAAGAUGCCAAUGAAGACGGCAAAACAGAUGACUCGGUAUUCGAAAAGCAUCUAGGAAGAAACGGAUACAGCUCCAGGGACUUGAAACGAAGUGACCCCAAGGGGCAGUACCAUGCCAUGGUGAGCGAAAAUGACCUGGUUUCAUUUGAAGACGAGAUUUCUCAAGUCAGUGAGAGGCUGAUGGCACUGGAAGCGGACCGGAGCUUCCUGGAGCACAGCGUGAACUCACUGAAAAAUGGCAAAGAAGGCGAAGCGCUGAUCCGCAACAUCGCCGGCAGCCUCAGGGAGCUCCGGAAGAUGGGGAUCGGUUGGAAGGAGUAGGAAGUGGAGAUGGUGGUGACUGCCUGCUGUAGCAGAGGGUGUAAAUAAUGGUGGUGAGCUGAUUGUAGUGGAACACAUAUGUGCAUGCGGUCGCUGUCAUCUUGGUUGUGGUUGAGCCAGGAUUGAGGUUGUGGGUAUGCAAGGAAGUGCACUGAGCAUUCCGCGUGAAGUCAUCUGAAUUGCAUUGCAGAGUUUUAGUGCUUGCGAUUUGACCAGUGUGUGCCGUGUGCAGGUGUGUAUUAUAUACGAUUUCCAAGGAUUUUUUUAUUAUUUUUAAGAUUUAUUUUUUCCUUUCCUAAUUUUUACAACGGAGGUUUUGUCCUUUUUUUUUCCGAAGGGAGGUUUUUAUCUUUUUGGUAGAAUGUUUCUAUCUUUUUGGUAGAAUAUAUAUUGGCGUUGCACUCUGGACUGGGCCGUCCUGGGCAACCAAAUAUGUACCGAUGCAAAAGGUUUUACCGUGCCGAUUUUGAAAUUUGCAGGAGACGAUUUCGCUCUCGCAUACAUACAUA